AUGGAAACAUUUUCCGCCGUGGUGCGAUACAAAGGUGAAGGACGUGUGCUUCAAUUUACCGUUUUAAGUUCAUGGAAGUCAGUCAUGGGUGAGAUAUGUGCUCCCUGGGACGUAGAUGUUUUUGAAGUAAAAGUGAAGUUCGUAACGCCUUACGGAUACAAAACGCUUUGCCCCAUUGAGUCUGACGCUGAUUUUCAAUGGGCUACAACCAAAGAUGGCAAUGAAGGCCUAUUCCAUGUAGCAUUUGCUAUCAUCGACAAUGAAACUAAUGAGAACUGGACUUGGUUUCUUGCUACUCUUGGGGAGGCCUUAUACGGUAAAGAUUCCUAUGAUAAAAUUAUAACAUUCAUAUCAGAUCGAUCUAAGGGCUUGGUCAAUGCCAUCGCGCGAGUCUUCCCCUCAUCACCACAUGGUUAUUGCCUACGACAUUUGGAAGCAAACUUCAUGAAGACCAACUCUAGCCUCGGUAAAGCUUUGCGAAUGCAAUGCUGGGCAGUAAUCGUCAAAAUUGCACAUGCAUACACUUCCAAAGAGUUUGAUGAUGCAGUUUAUGAACUUGCAUGUCUAUCAGCCGAUACACAUGGUUGGUUGAUGAAUAAGUCCGACGUUGAUCAUUGGUCGAACUAUUUAUUUAAAGGAAUGCGAUGGUGCGAGAUGUAUUCGAACGUGGCAGAGUCCUUCAACGCCUGGAUUAAAGAGGCACGACAUCUACCAGUAACAAGCAUGGUUGACUCUAUCAGGUUUAAACUUAUGAAUAUGUUAGCCGAAAGACGUGAACAAUGUAACAACUGGGAUACACACCUUUGUCCUGAAAUACAAAAAAAAGUUGAGCAAAUCGUUGAUGAAAGUCGUUUUCUUAGGGUUGGUUAUUCUACUGAUGACACGUACAAAGUCAUUGACAAUAACAACAACGCUGUCAGCCUCCAGCCUCGUAGCUGUUCAUGUAGAAGGUGGGAAUUCACAGUGGAAUGGUAUCGUCGGGCGUAUGUAAAUCCAAUAUCCCCUGUUCCCGACAGUGACAAGCCAUCUGACGAUAACCGUCCACUACGACUUCGGCCACCAAUAUCAAAGAAACGGCUAGGACAUCCUAGAAGGAAGCGGAUAGAGUCACAAGCCUUCGAUGUCCGUGAAUUACAUUAUAGCCGGUGCCACGAGGCUUGCCAUAACCGGCGAUCAUGCAAUGCAGUUAUAGCGGACUGA